AUACAAAACUAAAACAAACUGUCCUUGAAGAUAUGAAUCGUGAAGGUAAAAGAAGAGGCUUAAUGUCAUAUGAACAAGUGAAAGCAAUUGAAUUUAUCAAAGAACCAUUUACAAUUGAAAAUGGACUUUUGACACCAACAUUCAAAGCACGUCGAUAUGCUGUAGAAAAGAAAUAUAAGGAAUUAUUUCAGAAUAUCUAUAAAAGUGUGAAUGCUUAA